AUGUCAGUUUUCCUUUCCUUUGCUUUCCUGGCAAUGAUCCUUGCUCAUAUAGGCUGUAAUAACCAGCGUCGCGGUCCAGAAGCCAGUGGGAGAAGAUUUAACCGGAUUCAGCAUGGGCAGUGCACCUAUACUUUCAUUCUGCCAGAACAGGACGGGAACUGUCGUGAAAGCACGACACACCAGUACAACACAAACGCUCUUCAGAGAGAUGCUCCUCACGUGGAACAGGAUUUCUCUUCCCAGAAACUGCAACAUCUGGAACAUGUGAUGGAAAAUUACACUCAGUGGCUGCAAAAACUUGAGAACUACAUUGUGGAAAACAUGAAAUCAGAGAUGGUGCAGCUUCAGCAGAAUGCCGUGCAGAACCACACCGCCACCAUGCUUGAGAUAGGGACCAGCCUCCUUAGCCAGACAGCAGAGCAGACCAGAAAACUCACGGAUGUUGAAACCCAGGUGCUAAAUCAAACAUCCAGACUUGAAAUUCAGCUACUGGAAAAUUCACUGUCAACAUACAAGCUAGAAAAGCAGCUGCUGCAACAGACACAUGAAAUCUUGAAAAUUCAUGAGAAAAACAG